UCUGAUUGGACCGCUGUGGCUUUUUUCGCGGGAAACUCUUCUUUCUCUUUUAUUCUGCGUGCAUGUGCGUGUGUUGACGUCUUCGGUUUUUCGUGCACAGAGAGCAGGAUGAAUGAGGAGGAAACCCACAGGCCCACGAUACGCUCCGGCGUGGGGGGCGGUGCUGAGGCAAGGAAGAGGCAGGAUUAUCUGGAGUGGUCCGAGUAUUUCAUGGCCGUCGCAUUUUUGUCUGCUCAGAGGAGCAAAGAUCCGAGUUCACAGGUGGGAGCGUGUAUUGUGAAUCAGGAGAAUAAGAUUGUGGGAAUCGGUUAUAACGGGAUGCCGAAUGGCUGCGACGAUGAUCUUUUGCCGUGGUCUCGAUCCGCGGAUGACCGUCUGGACACUAAAUAUCCCUAUGUGUGCCACGCUGAGAUGAACGCCAUCAUGAAUAAAAACUCUGCGACUGUGAAAGGCUGCACGAUGUACGUCGCUCUGUUUCCCUGUAACGAGUGUGCAAAACUAAUCAUCCAGUCAGGUAUAAAAGAUGUCGUUUAUCUGUCGGAUAAAUACCACAGCACCCCGGAGAUGGAAGCUUCCAGAAGGCUGCUGGAUUUGGCACGUAUCCCAUACAGUCAGUUUCAUCCAAAGCAGAACAGGAUCGUUAUUGAUUUUGACUCCAUCAGUCGCUCGGGACCGCGCGAGUCUGACGGAGGCUGUGCACCGGCUGUAAACGGAGAAGUGCUGAAACUUGGAACACAAAAAUCUGACACAUGCUAAAAAGACUAAACUUUUCUUUUAUAAAAUCUAAAUUUAAAUGAUUUGGGGUUUUUAAUUGUUUAAAUGCAGAAGACCAGCAAAGGUAAGUUACUGAAAUGUGAUGCCAGGCACUGAGUAGUGAAAUACUGAGUUUUAUAAUGUAGGAUAUUUCAGUGGUGCUUGCAGAAAACUUUCCCACGUUCCUUACACACGUCAGCCAAAACAUGCUGAGCUUCUGAAACACUAGAAUCCAAAAUAUAAAAAUAUCAAAUACAGAAAAGUGAUUGAAGAAAUAUCAAAAUAUUCAGUUGUAGGCAGUUUAUUUGGUCUGAUGUUUGGUGAAAUGGUAAAAUAAAAAUGAGUGAAUCAUCAGACGUCACUGUACUGCUGUGCUACAGAAGUGCUGCAAGACCAGAACAUGAAAAUCAACCAAAAUCAGUUAAACAGCAGUGACCUUUCUGUACUUUAGUAAUAUUUUAAGAACCAGUACCUUCAGAUAUUAUAUUAGGGUUUAAGACAUUUACCAGUGUAAAGUAAAUAAAGAUCUUAUAUUGUA